ACAAGCCCUUCAUGAUCAUCACGGAGUACAUGGAGAACGGGGCGCUGGAUAAAUUCCUGCGGGAAAAAGAAGGAGAAUUUGGGGUCAUCCAGCUGGUGGGGAUGCUGAGGGGCAUCGCCGCUGGCAUGAAGUACUUGGCCAACAUGAACUACGUGCACCGGGACCUGGCCGCCCGCAACAUCUUGGUCAACAGCAACCUGGUCUGCAAAGUGUCCGAUUUCGGGCUUUCCAGGGUGCUGGAAGACGACCCCGAAGCCACCUACACCACCAGCGGCGGGAAGAUCCCCAUCCGAUGGACGGCGCCCGAAGCCAUCUCCUACCGCAAGUUCACCUCGGCCAGCGACGUCUGGAGCUACGGCAUCGUCAUGUGGGAGGUGAUGUCCUACGGUGAGCGCCCCUACUGGGAGCUCUCCAACCAUGAGGUGAUGAAGGCCAUCAACGAGGGCUUCCGCCUCCCCGCGCCCCUGGACUGCCCCUCCGCCGUCUACCAGCUGAUGAUGCAGUGCUGGCAGCAGGAGCGCAGCCGGCGACCCAAAUUCCCCGACAUCGUCAGCAUCCUCGACAAGCUCAUCCGCGCCCCCGACUCCCUCAAGGCGGUGGCGGACUUCGACCCUCGUGUGUCCAUCCGCCUGCCCAGCAGCAGUGGCUCGGAGGGCGUCCCGUUCCGCUCAGUGCCAGAGUGGCUGGAGUCCAUCCGCAUGCCCCAGUACACCCAGCACUUCAUGACCUCGGGCUACAGCACCAUCGAGAAGGUCCUGCAGAUGACCAGCGAUGACGUCAAGAAAAUCGGGGUGCGUCUGCCGGGGCACCAGAAGCGCAUCACCUACAGCCUGCUGGGGCUGCAGGAGCAGGCGGCCGCCGGGGGGGUCCCCCUCUAA